UCACUCUUUGCAGAACCCAUUUUUGCCUCGCAUAGUAGCAACAACUCGGGAAACCCUACGAAGAACCGCUCUUAUUGAUCUUGUUUAGGGUUUACAAUCUCUACGAUCUCCAAUCAUGCACGCACCAGUACUCGUUCUUAAAGACUCAUUAAAGCGGGAAUCUGGAAGUAAGGUGCACCAUGCUAAUAUCCAAGCAUCAAAGGCUGUGGCUGACAUAAUUCGAACUACUUUGGGUCCACGAUCCAUGUUGAAGAUGUUGCUUGAUGCUGGGGGAGGAAUUGUGGUCACCAAUGAUGGGAAUGCUAUUCUACGUGAGUUGGAUCUUGCCCACCCAGCAGCUAAGUCCAUGAUUGAACUAAGCCGUACACAAGAUGAAGAAGUAGGAGAUGGAACAACAUCUGUCAUUGUUCUUGCUGGUGAGAUGCUACAUGUUGCAGAAGCCUUCAUUGACAAGAACUAUCAUCCUACAGUCAUUUGCCGAGCAUACAAUAAGGCUCUUGAGGAUGCCAUUGCUGUUCUUGAUAGGAUUGCAAUAUCCAUUGAUGUCAAUGAUCGUGCGACAAUGCUGGGGCUGGUUAAAAGUUGUAUAGGCACAAAGUUCACCAGUCAAUUUGGGGACCUAAUUGCAGAUUUAGCUCUUGAUGCAACCACAACGGUUGGGGUUGACCUGGGCCAGGGGUUGCGAGGGGUAGAUAUUAAGAAGUAUAUAAAGGUUGAGAAGGUCCCUGGUGGUCAAUUGGAAGAUUCCAAGGUUCUUAAAGGGGUUAUGAUUAACAAAGAUGUUAUUGCCCCCGGUAAAAUGAGAAGAAGGAUUGUCAAUCCACGCAUUAUUCUUCUUGAUUGCCCUCUUGAAUAUAAGAAAGGAGAAAACCAAACAAAUGCAGAGCUGGCUAAAGAAGAAGAUUGGGGGCUCCUACUGAAGAUGGAGGAAGAAUAUAUUGAGAACAUCUGCAUGCAGAUACUGAAGUUCAAACCUGAUUUAGUAAUCACAGAAAAAGGGCUUAGUGAUCUGGCAUGCCAUUAUUUGAGUAAGGCUGGAGUAAGUGCGAUCAGAAGAUUGAGGAAAACAGACAACAACAGGAUUGCUAAGGCAUGUGGGGCUGUUGUUGUGAACAGACCAGAUGAACUACAAGAGUCCGAUGUUGGCACUGGAGCUGGACUUUUUGAGGUCAAGAAGAUUGGGGAUGAAUUCUUUGCAUUCAUUGUUGAUUGCAAAGAUCCAAAAGCUUGUACUGUUCUUUUAAGAGGUGCCAGUAAGGAUCUCCUGAAUGAAGUUGAAAGAAACCUGCAGGAUGCAAUGUCUGUGGCAAGGAAUAUAAUCAAGAAUCCAAAACUUGUUCCUGGUGGAGGUGCUACAGAGCUGACUGUAUCAGCAACACUGAAGCAGAAGAGUUCAUCUAUUGAAGGCAUUGAAAAGUGGCCCUAUGAAGCUGCUGCAGUAGCUUUUGAGGCUAUUCCACGGACUUUGGCCCAGAACUGUGGGGUGAAUGUGAUUCGCACCAUGACAGCCUUGCAAGGAAAGCAUGCAAAUGGCGAGAAUGCAUGGGUGGGCAUUGAUGGGAAUACAGGAGCGAUUACAGAUAUGAAAGAGCGGAAGAUUUGGGACGCUUACAAUGUGAAGGCACAGACAUUUAAGACAGCAAUUGAAGCUGCUUGCAUGCUCCUCAGAAUUGAUGAUAUUGUAAGUGGAAUUAAGAAGAAGCAAGCUCCUGGAGCUGGGCAAGCUCCGAAGCCCAAAAUUGAGGAGGAAGGAGAUGCGGACAAUGAGCAAAUACUCCCCGAGUGAAGAUUUCAGAAUGAUUAGUUACAUCGUUUGGCUUGCAUUAAUGUGGAUGAUGUGAUGCAUCUCACUUGUUGAGGGUGCUUGCUGCAUUCUGGUUCAUGUGCGGGGCUCUCUAAGUUUUGACUAGAAGUUCGAGAUCAGAUAUAAACAAUUGUGGGCUUAUGCUUGUUCUUACAAUUACAAAAAUCUUUAAAAUUCUCUAACUUCAAAUAUGAGAUUUUCAAGGUUGAAGGAUAAGACUAGAGUACUUGCACGUUUUGCUUUACUUAGUUUUUACUUGAAAUUUGGUUUUCCAAGAAAUUCUAGUUUCGUGGGUUUUGAGAAAUACAAGGACAACUGUUUUGUCUA